UCGGUGCUAAUUUAUUUCAGUAACAUCUUCAGAACUCAGCCUUUAGCUUAGAUAUGAUAAGUGUGAAUCAAGAAACAUCUGAUUCUACCGAUGAAAUAAAUCAACUUAUAGCUAACCUAAAAUCAAAUUUAGAAAAUAGAAAUACUCAUCUUCAGGGCAAACUUACCUUUACCAUUGGAGAGUCAUCUGAAGUAGAUGUUAAUUUUCAGUCUACCUCCCAACAGUCAUCCUCAUCCAGACUGGCAAGAUUGGGCUUGUCCAAUAAUUCUCACUCAGCAGGUCAGAUCUCCGAUCUUGUAGAACGAACAAACGGAUAUGAGAUAGACUCUGUUCCAACCCAGAGAUUAAGGACCUGUCCUGAAAUGCUAGUCCAGACUGAACUCCUAGCUGAAAACACAUUGUCAAAGCCUUUAUCAAAAUCCUUCCAUCAUAUCAUCAUGAGUUCAGAAAAAGCUCUAGAUGGAUCAAAACAUAAUAGGUUUUCCGCUGAAGAAUAUCAAAAGUUACCAAAUAGGUGUGAAGAAUUGUCAAGAACGCAAGAUUUAUAUACAAACUUUACCUCUUCCCAUUUAUCAAAUGAUAUGCAUAGUGUUACUGCCACUGCUUUUCUACCAGAUAAAAUGUUUUCAGAAUCAGAUCCAGUUGAAUUUGAUAGAUAUCAAGUUCUACUUUCCACAUCCCCAACUUCAAAUUCAAAUUUGUUACCUUUUGAGAAAGUUGAUUCAUCAAGAUUUAGCUGUACUUUGCAUGAUGAAAUGAAUGACUCAGCAUUUAAUACAUCAAAUCAUAAACUUCCUUUUGAUCAAAGUGAAAUUAUUGGUAGUUUAAAUAACCCUAAUGAAAGUUCUAGUACUUUGAUGAACAGUAUACAAGAAAAUACUAAUAAUACAAUGAUAAGAAAGCAAAUUAGUUUACAAGAUGUAUCAGUGGACAAAAGUUUUUUCAACAAAAAUAGAGAUGAUUUGUAUAUGGACAACAAUUUAUCUGAUAUGGAGAUUUUAACUGCAGAUUCAUUCCUCAAUAAGAAAGUAAGAAUUCUAAAUGGAUGUUCAGCUGAUAAUACAAAUGAAGAAAAAAUACAAGAUAAUCCUAAAUACUUUUAUCAUGAAGAAGAUAGGAACCUGAUGUUACCUGCUAAGACUGCUGAAAAUCAUUCACAACAGAUUUUUCAUAGUGAGUCUGGGAAUACAAUACCUGAAGCUCCUAGACAAACCAUAAGAAGUGACAGUGUUAUGAACUUUGAAACAGUGAAGAGAAUAAAUGUAAGAAUUGAUGAAGAAAAAAUACUACAAGAUAAUCCUAAAUAUUUUUAUCAAGAAGAAGAUAGAGAGCUGAUGUUACCUCCUAAGACUGCUGAAAAUCAUUCACAACAGUUAUUUCAAAGUGAGUCUGGGAAUACAAUACCUGAAGCUCCUAAACAAACCAUAGGAAGUGACAGUAUUAUGAACUUAGAAACACUGAAGAGAAAAAAUGUAAGAAUUGAUGAAUUGCAGAAGCUAAGCCAUGCAGAGCUUGUAUCCAUCUUGUCUGAUAUACUUUACAAACAGGAGUAUAAUAUGGACCACAACAACUCAGAAUUUUCUCAUAAUAGAGACUUGAGUUCACCAGAAUCUCCAGUUCACAUGGAACUAAAAGAGUUCAAAACAAUGGAGUCAUUCAGCUCUGCCUCAGUUGUUGACAGCUCUUCACUGGACUCUAGUACCAUAGCUACCAGCAAGAAGAAGAAGGCUGGAAGAAAGGGUAUAAAUCCUACAAAAAUUAAAAAUUCUGAAUCUGUUCCAAUUCAGGAUACUUAUUCCAUAAAAAAUAGAAGACAUGUGGAUGUAGAUGCUGGAAUAAAAGAAGAAUCAGACAUCAACAAGAACAACACUGAUUCUCAACUCAUACCUGUGAAUAAAAUAGUUACAAGAAAUAAAAAGCAGACAAAUAGUUUUCUUAAGUCAGAUACUCAGGCUCAGCCCUUAAAGAAGAGGUUUAGUCUGCGCUCUGCCUUAAGUCAAAGCACUGUUUCUGAUAGAAAAAAUAUCUUCUCUGAAUUCCAGUAUGAUGAAGUAUCAGAGAAUAACUCUACCAUCGGAAGUGAAAGUUCUGAGAAUAAACCUGUUAAAAGCAGCAAAAUAAAACAAGCAGGAUCGUAUCACUGUAAAGAAUGCCCAAAGACUUUUUUAAGCAAAGUUUUGUACAGAAGACAUGUCCGAUCUCACAGUUCUGGCUAUCAAUGUGAUAAAUGUGGUAAAACUCUAAAGACCAAAGAUUCAUUGUAUCAUCACCAGAGGGGUUUGCAUAGCGAAGAUAAACCUUACAAAUGUAAGCAGUGUAAUGCGACCUUUAAUUUCCAUCACAGUUAUAAAUUACACAUACAAAGACAUAGAGGAGACCGUCCUCAUAAAUGUGAUACUUGUCAUAAAACUUAUCUAACUUCCAAUCACUUGAAGGUUCAUAUAGAGGCUGCUCAUGGUGUAAGGAGCAAAAUCUGUCACAUUUGUGGUAAAACAUUUUCUUAUAGCUGCAGCCUUAAAGAACACUUACAUAAACAUACAGGAGACCACCCGUAUAAUUGUAAUAAAUGUAGUAAAAGAUUUACUUCCAAACCUUCACUCAAGGCUCAUUUACUUUCACACAUAUCCAGCAAAAAUUAUUCAUGUGAUGUCUGUGGCAAUCUCUAUAAAUCUGAACAUUCCAAAAAUGUCCAUAUGAAACGUCACACGAAACAAGUUCGCCAGUUUGUUUGUGAACUAUGUGGCAAGUCUUUUCUUUUUAAAAGUACACUGAAGACUCAUUUUAGUACUCACAGUAAAGUGCGUCCUUAUGUCUGCACACAAUGUGGGAAAGGGUUUAAAUCCAAAGCAACGCUUUACACUCAUAAAUACGUACACAGAGAAUCUCACGCAUUUCCUUGUAACAUAUGUGGCAAGGCUUUCAAAACUAAACAUUUUUGUGCUGCGCAUAUGAAACGACAUAAAAACGACACUUCUUUUAGCUGCACUCAAUGUAGCAGCACAUUCCCUGACAAGGCUGGGUUAUCUAAACAUAUGAAAACUAUACAUCUUCCUAAAAAACAGUUCAUAUGCAUCAUUUGUGGGAAGAAGGGAACAAGAGGAGACAAUAUGAGAACACAUGUUAAGAAUCAUAAGAAAGACUUACCUGCCAAUGCUAAUCCAUCAGAUUUCAUAAAAAUAGAGAUGAUUUCUAAUUUAGAUUCAGUACAAGGAAUAGUGAGACAAAGAAAAAGGGGACCAAAACAGAGAGUUUCCAAAAGGUUGUGUCCAUCAGAACCAAAGCUCAUUGAUGUGCAACCAGCAGUUGCAUGCAAGUUAGAGGUACCAACCCUGCAACCGACGUUAAUCAACAUGUCUAUUUUAGAACAGCAGCAGUAUAACUCUGAUGUGUCAUUUCUGCCUAGAGAUGAAUAUGUUGACCAUAAUAAUCCGGACUCUCAGCUUGACCAGCAGCACAGUACCGAACUAUACCAGCACGACCAAAACAAAGCACCAUAUUACCUGACGUAUCUGCACCAACAAGCUGAACCACCAGGGGCAAUUCAUAGUUCAACCAUUUCAUUCAACAAUAUGGCGAAUCUUUUAUCAGCCAUAAAUCAAGAGCAAGAAAACAGCGCUAUUUCAGCAUCUGUUUUUCAUAAUACACUAGCAUCUCUUCAGUCUGAUGCUAACCAUCACUCAUUAUCAACUUUGUAUAACGAGCAUGAUCAUGGAGCUUUAACACAUUUACAGCAAAUUUUACAACGUACUAAUGAUAUUUCUAAUUCAAACCUGUUGGAACAUCAAAACUGUACUACUCAUUUAAAUGAAGGAUCUGCAUUGGAAUUUUGAUAAGAAUUUUCUUUUGAUACUAUUUUCCUUUUGGUAUUAUAAUAUAAUUGAUAUUCUUCAAGUAACUUUGUGGAAUUUGUAUUUUCUGUUGACACUGUUUUGUAUUGAUUUUAAAAAAUUAGAUUAACAUUCGCAAUGCUUCCACCUAAGAUGUGUUGUUUUUAUCU